GUCAAUACUUAAACAUUUAUACCUGAAUCCAACAAAUAACAUCAAUAUUUAAUUUUUAUACUCAUAAAAUAAAUUAUAAAAUAAAUUUUAUCAAUUAAAUUCACUAAAAUAAGAUCAUUUUACUUAGAGAUUCGUAUAUCGAUCAUGUCUGUCAUACCGGUGGUGUCAUGGCGAUUUAAUUACCGAUACCGGUUGAACCAGGUACAACCAAUGGUACGCCGACUGAACCAGGUACAACCGGUGGUACGCCGGCCGGCGUGACAACCAUGUGUACAACGCUUGUGGCAUACUAAACAACAAGGAUAUCCAAUCUCCAUAGCCAUCUUUAGUUCUAUUUACAGGUGAACAAGAUCAUAAUCAGACAUGUUAUACAGAUAAACUGCACCAUAUACAUCCCAUGUGGAAGAAAUCUAGAGCUGCCGGUCUUCGCUGUUAGAUGCUGUAAAGCAAUCCGGCAAACCUUGCUGACAAGUAAGUGGUAAGCGAGCGGUGAUGCUGAUGGAGAGACAAGAGUGAAGUCGGGGUUGACAAAACUGCUAUACCCCGAAAUAGGAUGGGAUUAGGUGCUAACCCUUAUAACUAGCAAAAACGCUACUAAAAAUAACGAAAUCACUACAGAUUAUUAUAAAAUCAAUACAACAUCUAAGCUAAAUCACUACUAACUCAAACUAGUAGUAGUUUUUCCCUUGGUUAGAACGAUGCUAACUAUUGUACAAUUAGCAUCAUAGCCGUUCUCCCGAAAUCACUGCUUCCCGUUCCAAUGGCAUGAGCUCGUGCAUAUUUUUCCAAAAGGAGACACAUAAAUACAGCACAACGACGUGUGUUCUAAAACCCAAUCACCAUAUAAGGUAAUUUCAAAAAACCUUUUUUGAAGCGAAAAAGAAAAGAAGGCUUAUGUAAGGAAACGAUCUAGAGAAACGAGUGUGGGGAAGAUGAUUGUUGAUGAUUUCAAUGGCGAUAAAGCGGUGAAACUCAACUGCCCAUCUUCCCCUGAGCUUUGGGUUUUGCAAAGAAAUCUUUCGGUUUCAGAGUGCACUCAGGGCACAGCGCCGAUACACACAAUCUUUGCGGCAGAUGAUAAGAUACGAUAAAUAAAAAACGAAAUCUUUUCCUAGAAAGAAAGAGGUAGGCAAACUGCGCCAUAGAAAAACUACAUUUAUAAAAAAAAAAUUGGAGCGGAGAAGACGAAGGAGGCGGAGGAUGGCUACGAGAGAGAAGAAGCAGAGCAGAGGGUUAAUUAAGUAGGGAGGGUGAUGGAGAGAAGGAAGAGGCAAGCUAGCCGCUAGGGUUUCCGCAACUCUGAGUUACGAAAAUUCCCUUAUUAGGGUAAAAGGCUUCAGCCUUUAUCUGCGCUGUGCCGGUCCAAGCCCAUGGCCCGUGGGAUUUAAUUGAUCCACAAUUUCGAUUUUAUCUGUUCCGUUCCGCUUUCGUAAUUUCGUCUCGUUUUGAAUUCUGGGACGUGGCUAGGCCCCAGUAUGUGCGAUUAUACCGAAUACCGUAUCGAAUUUGUUUAUAUUUGGUAUUACCAAAUACACAGUAUUAUUUCUUGGGAUUGGGAUUGAGAUUGAAUUUCAAUUGCUAUUCGGUAUUAGGGAUUACGGAAUUGGGAUCGGUAUAUACCGAAAUACCGAUCAAUACCGAUAUAUAAGCUAGCGUGAAUUUUAUCCUAUCAACUAGGCUCUCUGUUUGACUAUUACACGACCCUCAACCACCAAGCGUGUCAUUUAAUUAUACAUAGAUCAUUUCAUCACUAUUCAUAGUCGUCUCUCGACCUUCCAUUCGUCAAAUUAAAUAUUACCAAUGAUAAGAACUUGAGAUGUCUCCUCUCCUCCGUUCUCCUUAAUAAUAUCAUAAUUCAAGACUCUUUGCUUAGUAUUUUCUCCCUAAAUUAAACAAUAAAAUCUAAUUUAUAUAUUUAAUUAUUAAUUGCAAAGGUAUUUAAUUUCGUAUUCGAUAAUACCGAUUGGGAUACCGAAGUAUCGAUUGGGAUACCGAAAUAUUUAGGGAUUGGGAUUGAGAUACCGAAAUUAUUUAGGGAUUGUGAUUGAUUUUAGGGUAUAAUUCGGUAUUCGGUAUUUCGAUAUUUGGUAUUGGGAUACUGAUACCGUACUGAUUUCCACCCCUAGAUCCACAUCAGCAAUUAAUUUUCAAAAAGAAUUAUCCAUUAAAUUUGACAGAAAAUUUGACAGAGCUAGAUGGAACAGAUAAAUUAUUUUCAAAACACAAACAAUUUACAAAUUUCAAAAAGUUCACCCACAAAUAGCGUUUUAAUAUAAAAAUUAAACCAAACUAAAAUAUUAACCGUCUCGCUUCGAUAGACAGGUUGGUUGCUCGCCAACUUGCCUACCAAAAAGAAAAAGAAAAACAAGUAAUUGUGGCGAUAGAAAUAUAAAACAGUGUUUUUCAUUGGGGUUGCUAAAUCUCGCCCUAAUUGCCCUAAUCUAAAGGUUUAAAAUGACCUCUUUAUCCUUUAUCCCUUUUUAUUGUGAAAUUGGGCCUUAAUCGCCUAAUCGCCCAAUCUAAUUCUUUUCUUUUCCGGUUGCCUCACUUUGAUUCGUUUUCCAAUUCCAACGACAAUGGGGUGACGGCGGGCGGCCAGGAGCUGGAGACUAUGAUUGUUGGCCGGAGCAGGAGAGGGCGAAGCGAAGAGGAAAGGUGACGUCAGAUCUGGGUCAAAUUUGGGUGCUCAGAUUCGUUCAGUGCACUGCGUCCUCGCCGACUAGACGAGGAGAUCGAGUGGCGUCGAUGGCGGAGACGGUCGUGGAGGCUGAUUGAUGGAGACGGCGGGAGCGAUGAAUUGGGAGUCGCGGUUGCAGAUGGCGACAACAGAUUUGAUGAACAAGGGAGCUGAUUCAGAUUCUGGCAAAGUCGGAGACUUUGUUCUUCUUCGCUGGAACCGGUGCAUGGAGAGGACAACAACGAUGAGUCCUCAUCCGACAAUGAACAGAGAAGAUAGAGGCGGCGGCGAUGGUAAAGGCUAAUUAGAAAUUUUAGGAGAUUUCUUGUUUUGUUGAAUUUGAAUUGAUUAAAGAGGGACAAGUUAGUCGUAUUAUAUUUUAAAUGAGGGCGAUAGUAGUAAAACUAGGACGACGUUUAGCUGCACGGUUUUCAUUUCCUUGCACAUGUAAAAACUUCUGCUUGCUAUACCAAUAUGCCAUUGUGUGGUUGGUUGGUAAUUCAUAUCAUACAGUAAAAUUGGGCACAUAUUAGUAACAAAACUUCGAUUCCCUCCCUCCUUGCCGUUAAAAUCAGUUAAACCAAUUUCUCGGCGUGACGAACACUGUCUGCCUUCCUUCACCCACACUCUCAAAGUUCUAUAUCCAGUGCUAUACCAUACAUCACACUCAUGGCACAGUUAUUUUUCCAGGGCCGUGGAUCGGUUUUAACUUUCCUCCUGUUAUUUACUUGGUAUAUAUUGGGCAGAACCAAGAUACCGUAUAGGGGGAGGAAAUGGUGCUUUCAUGCUGCAGCAACCUCAGCAAGAUAGACCUGAGGUGAAGAGCAGGGAGACAAGGAGCAUUCGUGUGGACGUUUUCUGAUCUCGCCAUAACCGUAACUCUUCUCUCGGUAAUCUUCGUUCCUGAUAUGCUUCUCGCGGCACUCCGGGCUGCAAAAUGCCUUCUCUCCCCUGCAAAGGCAACAACAAGAAGUUGAACAGACUUCAGAGAUGUUGCUUGGAUGGAAUGUCUACAAAAAAAAAAUCUAUGGCGGUUCAGAAACUCAAUGGUCCCCUCCCCAGCUGAACUAUUGACUUCCCAGAAGAAGAAAUCUAGUCCACAUAC